AUGAGCGCUCCAAUAAUCAUCGGCCUCAGUGGUGCUUCUAGUUCGGGUAAGACCACUGUUGCCAAUUUUUUGAAAAAGCUCUUUCCCAAUUCUGAUAUAAUACAUGAGGAUGAUUUUUAUUACCCUGAUGAAAAGGUUCCCUUUAAUCAAGAGAUACAGGAUCGAGACUGGGAUUGUCCAGAGGCAAUCAACUUUGAAGAUUUUGUUGUCGUCGUCGACAAGCUUAAACACAACAUUCCAAUUGAUAAGAGAAAGAGCAUUCAUUUAGAGAAGACCAAUAUUUCGAAUCAUGUCAAGACUAAAGUCAGCAUAUCCCCUGAACUUCAUGAUAUUCUUGUUGGUAAAAUAGAGCACGCACUUGGUGAUCGAAAAGUCUUCCUUAUAGACGGAUUUCUUAUGUUUCAAAACGAGACAUUAAGGAAACUAAUGGACAUUCGACUCUUCUUUAGGACAGACUUUUCUACAUUAAAGCAUAGACGAUCGUCAAGAGAGUAUUCAAUCGAUUCUGGUGUUUGGAUGGAUCCACCCUUCUAUUUCGAAAAGCGCGUCUGGCCACAAUAUUACAAAUAUCAUCAUUCACUUUUUGUGGAUGGAUCGGAUGAGGACUUAAUUAAACGUACAGGAGGAACACUGAAUGAGUAUGCCAAAGAUACUUUAGGUAUUGACGGAUUUCGAAACGACGAUAAUUCAAAUCUGAAUGUACUUUUACAAAAAGUGGUAGAUACCAUAUUGAAUAGGAUCGAGCGUGAGCAGAUCUAA